UUUUCAUGAUGCUUCGUUCAUAAACGUGUUGAAGUCUCUGGAACUCCAAACAAAAUAAAAAUAGGUUCUUCGAUAAGAAGAAUCCUGUAUUAUUUAUGUAAAUUGUCGUUAUAAUAGUUGUAUUGUAGUUUUCAAAUAUUUUUGUAAUUUAUUAAAAUUACCGUGACUAUGUCAAACAUAUCCAAAAGGAGAAGAGAAGGUUCGAGGACCAAGAUCAAGAGCAUGGGUGACCACAAAGAAUUCCUGAAGCGUAUCACCAAGACCCUGUACUACGGGCAGCUGCCAACACUGCCCUGUCUGAGCCUGCCCGUUACCGAGAUCUCAUGUGAGCUGUGGUCGGUGUCACAACGCGGGCGCUCGCUGCGGCGCCUGCAUGCCGACGCGGCCGCCGGCAUCGCUCGCAGUGCCUGCGUGUCUCCUUGCGCGCUGGUGCUGGCCAUUCUCUACCUUGAACGACUAAAUGCUUGCAACCCUGAUUACAUCGCCUCUGCCGCUCCAGCUGAUCUCUUUCUCGUUUCACUGAUGGUAGGCAAUAAGUUCCUACAAGAUGAUGGAGAAGACGACGACGUGAUAUGUUCCGAAUGGGCGGCCUCCGGUGGAUUGGAACUUGACCAGCUCAAGAAGCUUGAAGUUGAAUUCCUCAAUGCAAUAGAUUGGAAAGUGUUUGUGAGCGACAAAUCGUUCGAGGCCGGGCUGACGUGGCUAGAGCGGCAAGUGGCGCUGAAGCAGGCGCAGCUGCGGGGCUUCUUCACGUACGGGGACCUGGCGGCCGCGUGCGACGCCGCGCUGCUGCCGGCGCUGGCGCGCAGCCUGGGCGCCGCCGCCGCCGCCUACGUGGCGGGGCUGGUCACGUUCCUCACGUCCACGCUGGUGGUGUCGCAGGCGUGGCUGCCCGUGCUGCACUACGUCGCCGCCCGCGCCUCGCUCGCGCCGCUCACCACGCUCGCUCCGCUACAUUUACUCGAUACAAGUAUUAUAACGCACAGUUUACAACAGGAACUGACUCCUUACACGAAUAAUGCCACACUCGACCUGUCCACUUUAGACAUCCUCGCCGAGGAGAGCGUUCCAGACAGCUUAAAGUGUUGUGCUAAGUGGACUAAAUACCAGGACAGUACGACCACCAAGAGAAACUGGUACGACGCCAUCGUGGUGUACGAUUGGAAGUCGCUCGAGCCGUGGUGGUCCACGACGUCCGUGCUCAACUGGCUGUACCAGAGCUCGCUCGUGAACCCCAUGCAGCGCUGGCUGGACAAGCUGGGCCAGGCGGCGGAGCUGGCGCGGCGCGAGUGCGAGCCGAGCGCGGCGCGGGCGGGCGGGCCGCGCUGCGUCCGCGCCUGGCUCAACCUCAGCCGCCUGGGGGCGCUGGUGGCCGCCUCGUCCGACCGGUAGGCAGCCGCGACCCGACUACGACGAACAAGGCUGAUAAAUAUGGAUAAUGAAGUGAUGCCGGGUUCACAGGGCAAUUUACAACAUCUAAACUAUUAUAUGAUUAGGAACUAUUUCACCCUUUGAUAUUAAGAGUAAUAACGCGACCGUCGUUUGUUGUCUAGCUCUCUAAGCUGGUUCUAUUUGAUGAUUAUCGACCUAUUUUCUUAAGCAAGGUGUACUUUCGUAACGUAAUUUAUUUUCUUACCCGACUGCGGAGAAGGGUUGUUUUUCUGUUUUCACUUAUUUUGUUGUAAUUUAUUUAUUACGAUGAAAUGUGCGUUGUAAAAUGUCUCGUGAGCAAUGUUUAUUUUAGAUAUUUACUGGAUUCAAGCUUCCAUCCUUCUAUUAGAUAUCUGUCUACUCUAAUAUGACUAACAAUGAUAUUAUGUCCUUACUGUCGUGUACAAGAUAUUGAUCUGUAUCUUUAGCAUUUUUAGAACUCAACAAAAUUUGUUUGAUUAUGCCAAAUAAAAUAUAGCAGUAACUUCCUCAAGAGUAUUUUUAAACGGAAGUAUUGUAGGAUAAAUUAAGAAAUAAAGAAUCCUAAACUAUAGCUUGGUUGGCAUAUUUACAUGAGCAGACAGAACAACCCCCAGCACAAGCAACUUCUGUGGAAGUUUUUAUAAUUAUUUUAAUAUUCAGAACAACUAUAUUCAAAAUGGUAUUUAUACAGAUCAACAUCUUCAUGGCAUUAUAGAUUCAAGGUAAGAAAACUCUGAAAAACUUAUUCUUUUACAAAGAAUACAAAUAUGGUAUCAGAGAGGCCGGCAUGAUUGUGGUCCUGCGGCAAUACACUUAUUAAUGUCUACUCAAAUAGAAAACUAUGUACAUGGAUAUACAGGAAGUUGAGAAUUUUUAGAAGUCAUGUCCCAGAUGUUAAUCUUCUGGUAAAUAGGAACAUGAGUGAAAACUAAACUUUACUUAUAUCUGUGUACAAGUGUGUAUACAUAGGUACAUUCGUUUGUACAUAACACUUUGUUAUAUAUAUUUUUAUAAAACUUGUCUGCGACACAAUUGCGUUAGUGCGGGGUUCAAUCACGCUCUAGUGCUAUCAAUAUUUCUAUCUAUUUUUGUAUGUGACGUGGUGUAUUAAAACUAUGAGCAAUGGAAAUAGAA